AUGAGUACUGAAGAUAUGAUGGAAAUUGACACCACAGGCGAUGGUAAGUCUGUGAAUGUCAAGUAUGUCGAAGAGAAUUCCAUGGACAGAAUCCUUGAUUCGUUAAAGGAAAUAUCUAAAACCUCUACAACUUUGGAUUCGCGUUAUAUCUGGAGAGCUUUGAAGGAUUUAAGCGCUAUUAGAAAGACGUGCUUGGAUUCUGCCACAUUAUCUGCACUAGUCAAUAUCCUAUAUCCAGACUCUUCUUCCUUCAAGGUUCCAUUAUUAAAAAUGAUUAACGAAAACCAUAAAUCCCAAGUAACAGAUUCUGAUAAAAUUAGAUCCAAUUAUCCUGCCGCAUUUUAUCAGAUUGUUGAUUCUGAGGCUAAAGUCAUUGAUGUGUCUGCUGAAUUAAACGGAUUUAUCCAUUUAUUAGUCCAAUUAUAUCUUUUGGAUAACAAAAAAUUUGAAGAAUUGAAAAUUUUUAACGAAAAAGUUAUUAUUCCAAAACUUCUAUCAUAUUACAAUCAAAGAUCAUUAGAUCUUAUUAAUGCCAAGCUCUGGUUCUAUAUUGCCAUUGGUAAUGAAAAAGUGGGCGAAACGUCAAACGCGGCUUUACGUUCUGAGAUGAUCAGAUUCUUGAAGAGUGCCUCUUUGAAGCAUGAUAAUGAAACAAGAGCAAUGCUAAUUAAUCUAAUAAUCAGAAGCUAUCUUUCUGCAGGUGAGGUUGAAUCUGCAUCCGAUUUUGUAAGUAAGGUGGACUUUCCAACAUCCGACGUCUCAAGUCCUUUAGAAGCAAGGUACUAUUUCUAUUUAUCCAAAGUAAAUGCGAUUCAAUUAGACUAUUCAACAGCUAACGAAUAUAUUAUUGCAGCUAUUAAAAAAGCACCACAUAAUUCUAAGAGUUUGGGUUUCCUACAACAAGCAAAUAAAAUACACUGUGUCAUUCAAUUACUUAUGGGAGAUAUUCCUGAACUUUCAUUUUUCCAUCAACCUGACAUGGAACAUUCAUUAUAUGCAUAUUUCCACUUAACAAACACUGUUAAAAUUGGUGACUUGAAAAAAUUUACUUCCGUAAUAACAAAGUAUAAGCAACAGUUUAUUCAGGAUGGUAACUACCAACUUUGUGUUAGACUGAGAUCAAAUGUCAUUAAAACGGGUAUUAGAAUUAUUUCUUUAACCUAUAAAAAGGUUUCCUUAAAAGAUAUAUGUUUGAAGCUGCGUUUAGAUUCAGAACAGACUGUUGAAUAUAUGGUUUCAAGAGCUAUAAGAGAUGGUGUUAUUCAAGCGAAUAUCAACCAUGAAAAAGGUUAUGUAGAAACUUCUGAAGUACUAAACAUUUAUGACACAAAAGAACCACAACAAAUAUUUGAUGAAAGAAUCAGAUUUGUGAAUCAAUUACAUGAUGAAAGUAUCAUUGCGAUGAGAUUUCCACAAGAUAAUAAGAAAAAGAAGAAUGGAGAUAGUAAAAACAAUCAACAAGACGAUCUUAAUGACAUGGAAAUGUUGGAUGAUUUAUCUGACUUAUCGGAUAUUGAUGAUCUCGGAUUCCUAUAG